CAAACAUGGCUGUUACAUCUCAAAUAAUUUUUCUUACAUGAGUAUACAUUACUUGAAGGACUGUUACUUAUAACACAAAAAUUACAUUAAUUUAAUAGUCAUUUAGUGUAAACACAGGAAUAUCCUGGACUUUGUUCAAAGCUGGAAACAUCUUGGGCAUAUUAUGUGUGCUGAUAUGAAAAAGUCAUUGUCAAUUGAGUUUGAAAUGAAGAGGUUUUCCUCAUCCUUCAACUCCUUUUACUAUCAAUUUAAAGGAGCCACUCCGAUUGUGUUAUGUCGUUUAUUACAAGCAUUUUCAGCUGUAUUUUAUGGGUGUCAGUUGUGGUGCUGCAAUGAUAGUCUACUACAUAAAGUAUGUGUAGCGUGGAAUGAUGCUAUGAGGAAAAUUUGCAAUGUCAGAAGAAGAGAAUGUCAUGUCGAUACAAUGAUUUAUUCCACCGGUCUUUUGCCUUUGCCCAAGAUGCUGAGGAAACGAAAGCUACAGUUUUUGUCUUCUCUAAUUCAGUCUGAGAAUAGUGUUAUCACGUACAUUUUGUCUCUUAUGUAUAAUUCUCAGCAGUCGUCCUUUCUUACUUCAUGUCGGGAAUGGGAAUUGCAUUACUGCCAAAGCCACACCAGGAUACUGUCAAGGCAGUCAAUUGCUCAUGUCAUUUGGAAGAACGUUGAUUUAUCUCUAUCUGAGUCUAGGCGCAAGGCUGCAAGCUUGGCAUACCAUUGGCUGUUUGAACCAGCUAGAAGUAGUAAAUCAGUACUAGAAGACUUGUUUUCAGUAGAUUGAUGCCACAGUAGUUAUAUUACUUGUUUGUUUGUUUGUUUGUUUGUUUCUGUUUUUGCACCAUUAAUUUUAAUGAGUGCAAGGUCAGGUUAUAAUAAUAAUAAUAA